AUGUCUGCCAUUCCGACAUUCCUCCGCAUAGAAAAUGUGCGCGAGCUUGGAUCAACUGCGGCAUCGCUCGCGUCAUGGAAAUCGCUGGCCUUGCUCUUGGCUGUGAUUAACUUGAAGAACCUCCCAUUCGUGUGGCAUAUCCGUUUGUUGUACCACUGCGUGGCCAAUCUUCGUCUGAAACCAAGCGCCCCGUUCUUUCCAAAGGGAAGGGUAAUUGUGGAUUCAAAGGGCAAACCAACCCAUCCGAUCUUCGUGCCGUGUGCAAUCACAUCGCGCACGCCAUUGCUGGAAACAGACUACAAUCUCCACAAGUCUAAUAGCACAUAUUUUGCCGACCUCGAUGUGUCCCGUACAGCUCUGGUGACUCGGCUUUAUAGCCCGGGGGUGGGAAUUGUCAGCAAAGAGCUCGACCAAGAGUUUCUCGAGGCGAGCCAGCGGGAUGGAACACGUCCACCAAAGCGAAAGCCGAUCUACAUUGCGCUUGGGUCGGUGUUCUGCAGCUUCAAGCGCGAGAUCAAGCCUUUUGAGCUUUAUGAGAUGCACUCCAAAGUGAUCUCUUGGGAUAAGAAGUGGAUGUACAUUUUGACCUGUUUUAUGCGCCCGGCCAGCCGCAAGGGCGGCGAGAAGACCUUGCUCGCCGUGGCUCUCAGCAAGUAUGUCGUCAAGAAGGGCCGGCUGACGGUCUCGCCGGAGCGGAUUUUGCGCGCUGGUGGCUUUCUCCCCGCACCGCCGGCGGGAAGCCAAGCCAAGUCCGCCCCGGUAGACUCAUCUACCGAGACCUCUGCUAUUGGAACGCCCGCCAGUGGAGAAGGUAUCACGGCCACCGGAGGCGUGGAUGGAUCGCUGGUGCGGGAGGUAUUGAAGAUGAGCGAUGACCAGAUCCCCGACCGAGAAGUUCUUGCAGAGCAGCAAAAGGCCAACUCGGACUCGUGGAGCCCUGACGAGUGGACGUGGGAGCGGAUCGACCAGGAAAGGCUACGGGGGCUGGAGGUCGUGGCGGGAUAUACGGAUCUGGAUAAUAAGCUGUAUGAAGAGUGGGCGUGA